AGGACAGGACAGGCCAGGCCAGAUGGUGCGGACGGGCCGGCGGGUGGCCUGCGCCCUGUCGGGCGGCGUGGACAGCGCCGUGGCCGCGCUGCUGCUCAGCCGCAGAGGAUACCAGGUGACGGGAGUGUUUAUGAAGAACUGGGACUCUCUGGACGAACACGGAGUUUGCUCCGCCGACAGAGACUGCGAAGACGCUUACAAGGUUUGCAAGGUCUUGGAUAUCCCCUUUCACCAAGUGUCCUACGUGAAGGAAUACUGGAAUCAGGUGUUCAGUGACUUCUUAAGUGAAUAUGAGAAAGGAAGGACUCCCAACCCCGACAUCGUAUGCAACAAGCACAUCAAGUUCCAUUCUUUUUUUCACUAUGCCAUGGAUAGCCUCGGGGCCGACGCGAUCGCCACCGGCCAUUACGCCCGGACUUCUCAGGAGGACGAGGAGGUCUUCCUGCAGAAAUAUCAGAAGAGACCCGAGGGGCUGUUCAGAGACCGGUUUGAGGUCCGGAAUGCCGUGAGACUUCUGCAAGGCGCAGAUAGGGUCAAAGACCAGACUUUCUUCCUCAGCCAAGUGUCCCAGGACGCUUUGAGACGGACCAUCUUCCCCCUGGGAAGCCUCACGAAAACGUUCGUGAAGAAGUUGGCGGCCGAGAACGGGCUCCAUCACGUGCUCCAGAAGAAAGAGAGCAUGGGAAUCUGUUUCAUCGGGAAAAGAAACUUUGAAAGUUUCAUUCUCGAGGUGAGCCUCGGGGUCCCUGACCAGAAGGGGGUGGUGGGAGGACUGUGGGCGAGGGUGCGUGUGGGUGAAACACUAUUCCUCUUCUUCCUCCCCUUCCCCUCCCAACCCCUGCAGUAUCUGCAGCCACGUCCAGGGAAAUUCAUUUCCAUCGAAGACGGCUCAGUCCUGGGCACACACAAGGGCUGGUUCCUGUUCACGCUGGGUCAGAGGGCGAAAAUCGGCGGCCUGAAGGAUCCGUGGUUUGUGGUGGAGAAAGACGCCCUGACGGGAGACAUCUUUGUGGCUCCGGGCAGGGACCACCCGGCCCUCUACCGGGACCUGCUGCGCACCAACCGGGUGCACUGGCUGGCCGAGGAGCCCCCCGCCCCGCUCGUCAGGGACAAGAUGAUGGAGUGCAACUUCCGCAUCCGCCACCAGAUGGCGCUAGCCCCGUGCGUGCUGACCCUCAACCAAGACGGAACCGUCUGGGUGACGUCCGUCAAGCCGGUUCGGGGGCUGACGCCGGGCCAGUUUGCCGUGUUCUACAAGGGAGACGAGUGCCUGGGCAGCGGGAAGAUCGUGCGGCUGGGUCCCUCCGCCUACACGUUGCAGCGGGGCAAGCGCGCGGCCCCGCCGGCCACCAGAGAGGCCGAGGACGCCGAAAGCUAAGCGGAGGGAGGGUGGGCCGGCGGCCCGGGGUGGGGCAGGAAGGGGGGGCUGCACCCGGGGCACUCGUCACAUCGGGCCUUGCGCUCACCUUCCCACCCCCGCCCCAGUCUGCGCCUCCUCUGAGGAAAGGCAUGCCGCCUCACCCCGGCCCUCGGGGCUAGCCUCGGUCAUCCCUGGGCCCCAAGUUCCUUUGGACGAAAGCCUUGCCCCGGCUAGGCCACCUGUGCGAUAGCUCCCCGCCCCACCUGCGCGGCCCCUGGCCCAAAACCCGGUUGUUUUGAAAGGGACUGAGUUUGGCCUAGAAGCUGCCGGAUCAAUGUGUGUAAUAAAUAUCAGGUGAGAAAGGCAA